AGCGGUUGGCAUAAAGUCAUCAGGUCAUUUCCCAUGCUUCAAGUAAAAUCUAGCGUAUCAUUGAUUCUCAUGUCCAAGGUGCUUAGCGGCUCAAAGUUGCAACUAGUUUUGUAAGGUAGCCCGAGUCAGAGCAAUGGCUCGACGAUCCAACAUCCUUGCGGGUGCCGUACUGCUGGCUGGCCUGGCAGCAUUGAACUCUGUGUCCUUCGUGAAUCCUCAGCCAAUUGAGCGAAGCAGCCGCAUGGCCAUGAAGGGCUCUGCUGUGGAAUGGGUACCAAAGCUUUCAAGGGAUGUGGUGGAGGUGAUGUUCACUGCUCCGGCGCAGGGUGCACGCUCCCGAAUGCUCAUCCGGGCUGAUGCUGAUGUGUCAGAGGUGAUCAAGCAGGGCAGGAAGAAGCUGGGAUUCGACCAGGACUGGAUGCCCGACUCCGACUUCAAGCUCUACAAUGCUGAAGAUGAAGAUGCUGGACCCUUGAAGGGCAAGAUGAGUGAGAAUGGCCUCAUCGACUUCUCCUACGAGAUCCACCUGUACUACGAGCCUCAGUGAAUCUAUGCGCGUGGAUGUGGAAGUCAAAGUUUUCCCACGAAGAAAAUGACAAGUUUGCACUCCGGAGAAAGGGAGCCUGCCUCGCUUUGUGUAUCAAUUGGUGGGGUUUUGUCCUAGUCACUAGAUGUCACUAGCCGGUUUGCGAUGGCCAUGUUGCUGCAUGGCUUGGCUUUGGUUUUGUCGGGGCAAAGUGAACUUGGCCAAUGAGGACACAUAGUGUUGCACUGGUGCAAACCAUUAUCGUUUUGUCACCUAUGAAUCUAUGUUGUAAUUAGCUGCCAGGUAGACAUUGCAUUAAGAAACAUAAAUGACCGAAUGCUUGUGGUUUAAAACAUCAUUACAUUAGCAAAAUUGCUUUGCCUCUAGAUGGUCUCUGCUGCUCAGUCUGUUUGGCGUCCAAUGACAUCAAAAUUGAACGGACAAAGAAAGGACGACACAAAGCUGGUGGAGGCUCAAACUUGCAACUAGUUUUGUGAGGCAGGUCCGGUCAGAGCGAUGGCUCGACGAUCCAACAUCCUUGCGGGUGCCGUGCUGCUGGCUGGCCUGGCAGCAUUGAACUCUGUGUCCUUCGUGAAUCCUCAGCCAGUUGAGCGAAGCAGCCGCAUGGCCAUGAAGGGCUCUGCUGUGGAAUGGGUACCAAAGCUUUCAAGGGAUGUGGUGGAGGUGAUGUUCACUGCUCCGGCGCAGGGUGCACGCUCCCGAAUGCUCAUCCGGGCUGAUGCUGAUGUGUCAGAGGUGAUCAAGCAGGGCAGGAAGAAGCUGGGAUUCGACCAGGACUGGAUGCCCGACUCCGACUUCAAGCUCUACAAUGCUGAAGAUGAAGAUGCUGGACCCUUGAAGGGCAAGAUGAGUGAGAAUGGCCUCAUCGACUUCUCCUACGAAAUCCACCUGUACUACGAGCCUCAAUAGCUCGAUGUGCGUGGACUUGAAGUCGCAUUUUUCCCGCACAAUCAACGGCGAGUUCGCACUCCCAAAGAAAAA